AUGACUCCACAAUCGAUUUCACCUGUACCUUCCGCAGUCUCUUCAGCCGCAACGUCACAGAUUUUUCACGACUUUGGAGAUGGAGAGUCCCAGGUAACACGUGCUCUUGCGGGCACACAUCUGUCCGACAUGAACGGGGACGCCCUCCCCUCCUCCCCUGGGCCAGUAAAGGCUCCCAAACCGACCAUGGCCAACCGCAUCUCUCGUAUGUUCUCGAACACGGGCAAGACGACCCCUAAGGAGUUGGAUCCGCAUCGCGAUUUCUCGGAUAGCAGCUCGGAUAGCAUCAAAGCAUCCUCCAAUGGUAGUACGAAGCCUUCGAAACCCUCGUCUCGCCCUACCUCAAAACCCUCCUCAAGAGCGCCAUCCCGUCAAACGUCUACCAGAGAGGACGAACGCAAGUUCAAAUCCAGCAGUGGCAAGGACCAAAAAGAAGCUCCAGUCGCUCAUCGACGCUUUGAGGUGCCCGGCGAUGGUACUCACCUACAUCACCUCAAGAGUGCCAGAAGGCAAGAGAAGCUGACCGACUUGCUCCGCGAUAUGCUGGGCGGCGGAAGAAAGAAGGAAGAUCAUGUCGAGGAACAGCAAUUGUCGCUCAUGUCUACUUGGAUUGACCAAUUCAAGACCGAACGCGACAAGCUUGCUGCAGACAAGAAGGGUGGCCCCAAUGCCACGGCCUCGCUAGUUGACAAGUACGGCAAGUGUCAGGAGAUUGUUGGUCGGGGUGCUUUCGGUAUUGUCCGCAUAUCUCACAAAGUGGACCCUAAAGACUCUAGAGUCGAGCAGCUCUAUGCCGUCAAAGAAUUUCGCCGUCGGCCUCAAGAAACUACGAAGAAAUAUCAGAAACGGUUAACAUCGGAAUUCUGCAUUUCCUCAUCUCUCCGCCACCCCAACGUCAUACAUACCCUCGAUCUCCUGCAGGACGCCAAAGGAGACUAUUGCGAAGUCAUGGAGUAUUGUGCAGGCGGUGAUCUGUACACACUGGUAUUGGCCGCCGGCAAGUUGGAAGUUGCUGAGGCCGAUUGCUUCUUCAAACAGCUCAUGCGGGGUGUCGAAUACAUGCAUGAAAUGGGCGUCGCCCAUCGCGACCUGAAACCCGAGAACCUCCUGCUAACUACCCAUGGAGCUCUCAAGAUCACGGAUUUCGGAAAUGGCGAGUGUUUCCGUAUGGCUUGGGAGAAAGAGGCUCACAUGACCGCUGGGCUCUGUGGCUCGGCCCCUUACAUUGCCCCGGAGGAGUACAUUGAGAGGGAAUUUGACCCGAGAGCGGUCGACCUGUGGGCGACUGGCGUGAUCUAUAUGGCCAUGCGGACUGGGCGACACCUUUGGAGAGUCGCCCGCAAGGAUGAAGAUGAGUUUUAUCAGCGGUACCUGGAGGGUCGCAAACAUGAAGAUGGUUAUGCUCCCAUCGAAACUUUGCAUCGGGCUCGUUGUCGGAACGUCAUUUACUCCAUUCUGGAUCCCAAUCCUUCUCGCCGAAUCAAUGCCUCGCAGGUGCUUAAAUCCGAGUGGGUUCGUGAGAUCAAGCUAUGUAAGGCUGGUGAGGAAGGAUUCUAA